AUGGCUGGUCUUCCUGGGACACACACAACUGUCCUGGUGUCCUUGAGGGUAAACAGUGAGCACUGGUGGGGCUCCAGCGUGCGCUGCAGAGGCCCUCACCAGCCCUGCCAGGAUGGGGCCUGGAUCUACCCCUUCGUGCUGGUCGUGCAGCCUCUGAUCGGGGCCAUCGCGGCAGGCAACGCCGUGGUGGUGAAGCCGUCGGAGAUCAGCGAGCACACGGCCCGGCUGCUAGCGGAUCUCCUGCCCCAGUACAUCGACCCAGAGUUGUAUCCCGUGGUCACUGGAGGAGUAGCUGAGACAACAGAGCUGCUGACCCAGAGAUUCGAUCACAUCCUCUACACCGGCAGCUCCGCGGUGGGCAAAAUUGUGAUGGCGGCGGCUGCCAAGCACCUGACGCCCGUCACCCUGGAGCUGGGUGGGAAGAGCCCCUGCUACAUCGACAAGGACUGUGACCUGGCCGUCGCCUGCAGGCGGAUAACGUGGGGGAAGUACAUGAACUGUGGGCAAACCUGCAUUGCCCCCGACUACAUCCUCUGCGACCCGUCCAUCCAGGACAAGGUGGUGGAGAACAUCAAGACGACUCUGCAGGAGUUCUACGGGGAAGACGUGAAGAAGUCUCCGGAUUACGAGAGGAUCGUCAACAAGCGUCACUUCAGGAGAGUCCUGGCCCUGCUGGAAGGACAGAAGGUCGCUCACGGGGGCGAGGCUGACGAGGCCUCCUGCUUCAUAGCACCGACUAUCCUCACUGAUGUUUCCCCGGAGUCCAAGGUGAUGGAGGAGGAAAUCUUUGGACCCGUCCUUCCCAUUGUGACGGUGAAGAGCGUGGACGAGGCCAUUGAGUUCAUCAACCGUCGGGAGAAGCCGCUCGCGCUGUACGUCUUCUCCAACAACAAGAAGCUCAUCAAAAGUAUGACAGCGGAGACCUCCAGUGGUGGUGUGACAACCAACGCUGUCUUCAUGCACAGUGUGAUCCCAGGUCUGCCCUUUGGUGGUGUGGGUAACAGCGGGAUGGGUGCCUACCAUGGCCGGCACAGCUUUGAGACCUUCUCCCACCGCCGAGCCUGCUUGAUCAAGGACUUGAAGAUGGAGGGGGCCAACAAACUCCGGUACCCGCCUAGCAGCCAGAAGAAGGUGGACUGGGCCAAGUUCUUCAUCCUGAAGCGAUUUAACAAGGGCCGAGUGGGACUGGUCAUCUUGGCGCUGCUGGGGGUCGUGGCAGCUGUGGUGAUAAAGGUGAGCCUUGGCUCUCGGCUUUCUACAUGA